AUGCCUCUCGUCGUCUCCCCCGUCCCCGAGAUUGCCAUCUCUCUCGCUUCCCCAGAGGAGCCCGCCCCGGAGCCGUUCUCCCCCUUCUCCCAGGCCUCCUUCCUCAGCGACGACGCCGACAGCUUCCGUCCCACCCUGCUGUCCCCCCCUGCGAGCAUGUCUCCCAAGCAGCUCUCGCCCCUACGCCCCAAGGAUGCGCCCGUCACGGGCAAAGGUUUGGAGAGGGAGAGGUUUGAGGCCCUCCUCCAGGCUUCAAGAGAGAGAAACGCCGCCAUUGGCAGCAAGAGGCCGACAACCGACCUCCGCAAGGAGAUCGCCUUGAAGGUCCACCGAAGCAAGCAGGUCGAGCGCAGGGCGCUGUUCCUUUCCAAGGUCCAGGCUCCCCCGUCCCCUUCUGCGACGCUGAUCCCGGUCACCCCGCCCGAAUCCCCCGCGGUCUUCCACUAUUCGCUGCCGUCGCCCGGCCUCGAGUCUCCCCUCGGCGUCUUUGAGGCGAUUUCGCUCGGUGUGCACGCCGCGCCUUCGUGCCAGCCGUGGGUCGAACAGGUCGACUUCCGUCUCCCCGGAGAUGAGCCCUCCAAGCUCUUCAAGUUCGCCCCGGCCCUCCGGUCGCAGCUUUCGACGAAAAGGAAGGUGCUCCCGUCCCUCGACCAAAUCACCGCCCGUCUCAGCUCGAGCGGGCACGUCGCCCCUGCUUCUCCUGCUCCCGAGGCCCGCCAGCUUGGUUCCAAACGCCUACCGUCUUUCCUCCGCAAGCCCUCGCGCCCCGAGUCGACGCCGGUUUCGACGCCCAUCAUUGUCAUCGAAUCCGCCGAGCCGAGCCCCAAAGCGGCACGCCCCGCCCUCCCCGCGGGCGUUGGUCGUCUACGGUUCCCGCCGCGCGAGGUCUUGCCUCCUACUGUGCCCGAACCUUCCAAGAUGAAGAUCGCCGCUCCGAUCCCCUCUCUACCGUCCUCGCCUCGUUCUCCCAUCGCCCCGCGGUUGCAAAUUACCACGACGGUCGUCCCGCGCAGCAAAUCGUCCUCCCCCAUCGAACUCUCGGAGUCCAACCUCCAGGCGUUCAUUGCCUCGCGCCAGUCGACGUCGCGCAACAUGCUCACUCGCAUCCGCAAGCGCACGCUGCCCCCGCAGGUGGUCGUGCCCCGGCCCAGCGCGAUGGAGACGGAGGCGGAGGAGGCGGAGCGGAAGAGCCGACGCCACAGCGCACCGCCCGAACUCCCCCGCCGCAGCCGCAGCGGGUUCGAGCAUCCUGUGCUGGGCCUGCCUGGCGCGUUCUGA